ACUACCGCUGGAGCUAUUACCACCUAACUGAUCCAGAAACUUCACCAAUGGACCUCUCUGGGAACCAUGAUCACUUCUGGAAUUGGAGUGCAACGGGCCUUGGUACCUACACCUGGAAGGAUACACUGGUUAUGUCUGUGUACCUCCUGCUGGUCUUGUACAUUGGCCUACGGGCUUUAUCAAGAGAUCGUUCAACAGUGAAAGGUUUCUUCCUAGCUGACCAAAAUCUGCCGUGGUGGCUGACAGGUACUUCUCUUUUUGCUGCAAAUAUUGGCAGUAGCCACUUUAUGGGCCUGGCAGGGAUCGGAGCAUCUUCAGGAAUUGCUAUUGGGGCCUUCGAAUGGAAUACUAUAUUUAUGCUCUUUAUUCUUGGUUGGAUAUUUGUUCCUAUCUACAAUAAAGCUGAGGUGGCGACACUGCCAGAAUAUCUGAGAAAGAGGUUUGGUAGUGUCCGGAUCCAGGUCUUCGUCUCUAUUUUGUCCAUACUCAUCGAUGUCAUCACUAGGAUCUUGGUAGAAGUCUGUUAUGGUGCCAUGUUUAUGAAAAUUGCUUGGGAUGUGGAUGUUUACCAGAUCACACUGCUAUUGCUGGUGAUUGCUGGCAUUUAUACCAUCACAGGUGGUUUGGCAGCCGUGAUUUAUACUGAGGCUUUACAUGCUAUUGUUAUGCUCGGGGGGUCCAUUGUGUUAAUGAGCUAUGCCUUUAGAAAAGUGGGAGGAUACAAGCAACUAGAGCGUAAUUACUUCUACGCCAUCCCAGGAAAGACCAGUGAAGGAAACUGGACUGCCAAGCCGGAGUGCUACAACCCUCGCCAGGAUGCAUUCCAUAUCUUCCGAAAUCUCAUGUCUGGAGACUUCUCCUGGCCCAAACUUAUCCUUGGUGCCACUACUAUCUCCUUAUUCUACGGGUGUGCUGAUCAGGUUUCUGUCCAGCGGGGCCUGGCAGGGAAGAGCAUGUCUCACAUGAAAGUUGGUAUCCUUCUGUAUGGCUACCUGAAGUUGUUGCCCAUGUUCCUCAUGGUGAUGCCAGGAAUGAUCAGCCGCAUCUUUUACCCAAGCGAAGUGGCAUGUGUUGUACCUUCAGAAUGUAAAAAGUACUGCGGCGCCCAAAGCAGUUGUAGCCCUGUCGCUUAUCCAAGGAUGGUGAUAUCAUUGCUGCCUACCAGCCUCCGGGGCAUGAUGUUGUCCACGCUGUGCGCCACCAUCCUCUCCUCCCUGACUUCUGCUUUCAACAGUGUGAAUUCCCUGUUUACCAUGAACAUCUACGCCUGGAUGCGGCCCAAGGCCUCUGAAAACGAACUCAUGAUAACGGCAAGGUUUUUUAGUAUAACCUUACUUGCUACCACCAUUGUUUGGAUCCCUAUUAUGGAAACUCGUCUCAGUGAAAACCUAUUCGAAUAUAUGCUACUGAUAAAGAGUUGCCUGACGCCACCCAUUACUGCCCUCUUCACACUCGCUGUGUUUUCCAAGAGAGUCAGUGAGGAGGGUGCCUUCUGGGGAAUGACUUUGGGGGUUAUGAUCGGCUUCCUUCGACUGCUGCCUGAGUUUAUCUACGGACACAGAACCUGUGCGGACAGCAAGUGCCAUAUGUCCAUCUGCAGCAUACACUACCUCUACUUUAGUGCGUCCCUCCUCCUGGUCAGUCUUCUCAGCAUGCUGGGGAUCUCCUUCUUCACAUGCCCUAUCCCAGAAAGACACCCACGUAUGUUCUGAGUAACUCCCAGCUGCCUGGUUGCAUAUUGUUGCCCUGAAGAAGACAAAAUAGCUUCCCACAGGGGAUAGAGCUGAAAGAAGAUGUAGCAUUUGUGCUGAGUGACGUGUCAGCUAUGGACCUGGGCCCUGCAAACGUGGUGCCUCUGCUCACCACACCCAGGAGAAUGGAACUCUGCCCCCAACUCAUCCAUGCUCAGAAGCCCACAGAUGUCCUACAGCACCGGAACCCGGGCCCUUCCAGCACACCCAGCAGCCUCAUCGAUAGGGGCUGACAGUGUCCCUGGGAAGCCAAAAUGUGCACAUAUGGCAUCAUCAGGAAGCAGUUAAAGUUUAAGCCAAGUCAGAAUUGUAGUCCCAAAAUUUGGAUCUGGGGCUGUCCCCAGGUGGGGCUGGACCUUAAACUGGGCAGCUGGGAAGGCUACUCUGUCUAUACGGCUCAUAAUCAUCCUGCUGUGUGUUAGCAGGAAAGGAUGCAGGGAAUUGGUGGGAAAUAGUGACUGCAUUGUGCAUUACUACCCUAACUCUCCCUCUGAAAAGGCAACAGUUGGCUGAGUUUGGUUGCUUCCCAAGGUUUCACACAUGCUUUUUUAGGAAUAAAAAACAGACUAGAAAGGAAAGGAAAUGACCCUGCUUUGGCAUAUGCAAAUGCCCUGUUGAAUUUAGGGAAUUGAGCUUGGCCCCAGGGCCAGGUACAGUCCCUCUUUGGUAGGGCUUCUGGAAUGAUAGCACAGGUCUCCUAUGUCCUCCUUAUCCAGAUGAUGGGGACACACACACACACACACACACACACACACACACACACACACAUAUGCUGCCAGAAGUAGAUCCAGAGUUAUGGACAAUUUCUGCCCCCCUGAAGGGAAUGGGUAUAUACUGGGUUCAUGGGCCUUCCUAAAAGAAAGGAGCCUUGAGUUCAUCGUCUCCAAACCCUUUCUUUACACUGAGGCCCAUACAGAUUGCGACACACUUGCCAGGAUCACAUGACCACAUAGCCCCUGAACCAGAGCUAAAACUCAAGAGUCCUGGUUCCUAUGACUUCCUAUCCUGUCUUCCUUCUGUCUUUUGUUAAUCUAGCAUCCAUCUCUUUCAGUCCAUCAAGACCCUGGUCUGGGCAGUGGGCCAUGUUACUGUAUGGCUGCAUAAUAGGCCUGAUGGUUACAUGCCCCUCCUCUCUCUCUGCUUUCUCCA